GGAGGGGACUUUGUUAGGCUUACCAUAUAUUCCUUUCAUUCAACACAAACCCACUUAACGAUGUUGACAACAUAUUCUAUGUUCAACAUAUGUGGUACUUUUUUUAAAGCAGUGGUUAACGGUUCCUCCGCUGCUGCAGUCGUUUCCAGCCGAGGUACCCCAUCUACUUUCCAGUCAGCCGCGUGCAUGUGUCACGCUAUGCAACACAAAAGAUCAUUGUCUUUGUUUAACGGAGCAAGACACUAUUUCCUAUCUCGAGAACUGGAAGAUGAUGACUUGGAGCUAGAGAACCCGUACAUCCAAUACCCAGUUGUUACGCGUGAUCAAAUGAACAGAGUGGCUAUUGAUAAGUAUAAGUUUGAUUUCUCCUACGCAUCGUUCAGUUUUCAUUCCACAAAAGGUGAAUCGGCCAUCCACUCUUUGUCUGACUUGAGUGAUCCUACGCUGUUGAAUACCUUGCUUCCUCGCCGAAGACCGCACGGGUCUCCCGCCGAUACUUUGUCUAUAAAGGCUGGAGAUGAUGCCAUGUUAGUCUCACCAACAGUUUUGGGGGUUGCAGAUGGUGUGAGUGGAUGGGAGAGCAAGGGAGAACACUGCUCCUCGGGCGUGUGGUCCAGAUCCAUGCUUGAAACUUUGAGCCGGUUGUUGACGGAGUACAAAAUUGCACACUACCCUCACAACUUGAACAAAAGAGACAUAGACCAGAUCAUCGAUGAUUCUUACUUGCACACCUCGCAUCUUAUGGACUUGCAGAAUUUGAAUGGAUCUUCAACUCUUGUGUUGUGUAUGUUGAGUGGAGAGUACUUGAAGAUGAUCAGUAUAGGUGACUCGAAGUUGUUUGUGAUUCGCGAUGGGCAAAUCGUCAAGACCAACGAAGAGCAGUUAAUUUCCGAGUUAUGUCCUAAACAAAUAGGAACACAGACAUUGACACAGUUGCCUUCAGAAAUGGCGUGGGUUGACGCCAUGAAGUUGCAAGAAAAUGAUGUGAUUUUAUUGUGUUCAGAUGGUAUCACCGAUAACCUUUAUGAAGAUGAAAUCAACAAAUACUUGAAUGAGUAUUUGAACGAGCAAAACUUGGGGUUGAGGCAGGCGGCCCAAAAACUCUUGAGUAAGGCUAAAGAAAUUGCGUUUGACGAUUAUGCCUUCACUCCAUAUAACGAAAAGGUGAACGCAUUACCGAAGGAGAAAUUUGGUAACAAGUCGAGUUGUGGAGGUAAGUUGGACGAUAUGUCCAUAUGUUUGGCCAGAGUGGUACCAAACCAAAACGGGGGUCAGGUUAAAGCAUAGUAAAUCUAAUUGGGCUAAAAGGAUAUUUAUAGAGUAGUAUUUCUAAUGCUACAUUAAUAGUAAUACAUUUCAUGGUAAU